UAUAUUUAUUCGUCGUACAAUGACACUAUGUUUCUGCUAUCUUGUCAUCUUAUCUAACACAAAUAUUUAAUUAGUUUCAUACUUGAGUAUAGAAAUUUCCUAAUUUUUUUUUAUUAGUUUUUGAUUAAAAAUGGAAAUUGUAGCGUGAAAUCUCCUUUAUCUAAUUCGACAUAAUAGUAAGACGUGGUACACUUGUUCAGCAUCAGCUUCCAUUCUGUUAUCUUAAAGAAAACAUUGAAUAUAAUGUGCUUUUUCGUUGGGUUAGAUAGCAAGAAGUUUUUUUAAGUUUUACUGCGCCAAACACGUACUGCCGCACGAAAUGAUUGAGAAAGCGGGAAAGAUAUCAAGACAAAACUAUGAGCAAGUAAUGGAAAACAGAUCAGUCAGAAAUGGACACAGCGUCGUGUAUAACAGCCCGACCGGUAAGACACCUAAUGAAAACUGUCACCUGCUGAGCUCUGCAAUGCGAUUCGAUCUAAGUGACUACAGAGAGAAGUUAGCCAAUCGUAAUGUUAGAGUCGAUCUGCUGGCAAUAUUGUUCGGGAUCGGAUCAUGGAUCUGUGUCAAUUCGAUGUUCAUCCAAUUGCCAUUGAUUGUGUCGAAAGCACCGGAAGGAUGGAGUCUACCAUCAUAUCUGUCGAUAAUCAUCCAACUGGGUAAUAUCGGACCGUUAUGCUAUACCUUAUUCCAGAAGUACUCGCCACGAAAACUGAAAGACAGCUAUGUGAUUUAUGUGAUCUAUGUGAUUGGAUGCACGUCUUCAAUAUUGAUGGCAUUCCUAUUCGAAAGAACGGCAGUUGUGGGCGGUGAGAAUCGAAGUGUUGCAUUGAUGGCACUCGGCUUUUGUUUCGCAUUGGUUGGCUGCACGAGUUCGGUUCUGUUUAUGCCAUACAUGGGCCGCUUCCGUGAAAUAUACUUAAUAACGUACUUAAUUGGUGAAGGACUCAGUGGCUUUCUGUCCAGUAUAAUGGCACUGAUUCAGGGCGUUGGUGGUGCACCGACAUGCAUACUUGUGAAUCCAGACACAAUGGAAUACAUAAAGGAAACGUCGCCGCCGCGUUUCGAGACACGGGAAUUUUUCAUAUUCGUUUUUGUUGUGAUGAUUAUCUCAGGUCUGGCAUUUAUUUUGUUGAACAAAUUGAAAAUGUGCAAGCAAGAGUACGCUGCAGGAAUAAUCAAUUACGGUAAUGAUUACUCGUAUGAUCGUAGCAAAACAUUGGACUCGAAUGAUAAGACCAAUGCUCAAUUGGAAGAGCACAAAGAAAUUUCUCCGUUUACCUACAAAUACUUAAUGGUAGUAAUGGCCAUCGUUUCACUGAUCGGUAGCGGUGUCUUCCCGGGUAUUCAGUCAUACUCAUGCUUGCCAUACGGAUACCAAAGCUACCACUUAACAGCAACGCUAACCGCCAUUGCAAAUCCAGUUGCAUGUUUUCUGGCUGUGUUCCUGAAGCAUACAUCAGUUAGAUUCAUUUCAUUUUACUUCUUACUGGCUGCGGCAUUAACAGCGUUCUUAACAGCAACCGCAGUGCUCCAUCCACAGUCUAUGCCGCUGAUAGGUAAAACUAGUGGAGAGGUUUUGAUUGUAUUGUUCUGGACGUUAGUGACUGCCUUGAUAAGCUAUGUAAAACUAUCCAUCACAUCCGUGUUUCGUUCUCAAGGAGGAAAAUCUCUGGUUUGGGUAGGGUCUGUGUCGCAAAUUGGUUCAGCCGUGGGAGCCUUAGUAACAUUCUUUGUUGUCAAUUAUACAGAUGUGUUUGUGUCAUAUGAACCAUCAUGCCCGUUUUAGUACUUAGUGGUUAAAUUUUUUUUUUUACAAAAAAAAUGUAGAAAAUUGAAAAUAUAGGAAAAGAUUUUUUUAU